AAACUUUUCACAAAAACGAGAGAGCGCUGAUACGGUAAUGUGAGUGGAGGGAUCCGAUCCCAAAAAUCAAAGCUUUCCCGCCAAAUUAUCUCCUGCGCGUCUCUUUCUCUACUCUUCUCCAUCGGAGACGAAAAGUUGCGUAAUGCGUAUCAUGGAUUUGGAACAGUAGAGCGAGUGAGUGUGUAUCUUCAAUCUGCAAUCUGCCAAGUGAAAUGGGAAUCCAUGGUCUAUUACCGCUUCUCAAAUCCAUAAUGCUUCCAAUUCACAUCAAAGACCUUCACGGCUGCUCUGUCGCCAUCGACACCUAUUCUUGGCUCCACAAGGGCGCCCUUUCUUGCAGCACUGACCUCUGCAAAGGAAUACCCACUUCUAGGCACAUUGAGUAUUGCAUGCAUAGAGUGAAUUUGCUUCGCCAUUAUGGUGUUAAACCUAUUCUUGUAUUUGAUGGGGGUUUUCUACCAAUGAAGCUUGAACAAGAGAACAAGCGUGCUAGGGUUAGAAAAGAUAAUUUUGAACGUGCAGUUGAACAUGAUUCGAAUGGAAAUUCUACAGCUGCAUAUGAGUGCUACCAGAAAGCUGUUGAUAUUUCGCCUGUGAUUGCGCGAGAACUAAUUCAGGUGUUGAAGCAGGAGAAUGUCCAAUAUAUUGUUGCUCCUUAUGAGGCAGAUGCCCAAAUGACAUUCUUGGCAAUUAGCAAACAGGUUGAUGCAGUUAUAACUGAAGACUCGGAUCUUAUACCAUUUGGUUGUCCAAGAAUUAUCUUUAAAAUGGACAAGUUUGGUCAAGGUGUCCAAUUUCAGUAUUCCACGCUUCAAAAGAAUAAGGAGCUUAGUUUUGAAGGGUUCAACAGACAAAUGCUUCUUGAAAUGUGUAUUUUGAGUGGCUGCGACUAUCUUCCGUCCUUGCCAGGUAUGGGUCUCAAAAAGGCUCAUGCAAGCAUUAAAAAGUUUAAAAGUUAUGACAAGGUUCUUAAGCACUUGAGAUACAGUGGUAUUUCUGUACCUCCCAUUUAUGAAGAGUCAUUCAGGAAGGCUAUACUUACUUUCCAACAUCAACGGGUUUAUGAUCCAACUAGUGAAAAUAUUGUCCAUUUGUCCGAUAUACCUGAGGAUAUUGGUGACGAGUUAGACUUUUUAGGCCCACCCUUGCCAAAAGAUAUAGCACAGGGAAUAGCAGAAGGGGAUCUUGAUCCAAUUACCAAAAUGCCAUUUGAGGGAGAUAAAUUUGUUGCCAGAUUAGAAAUUGCAGGAACUUCUCAAUUCAAAACACUUAAUUCUGAAAGGGUGAAGAAAAAGAUUGAUCUUCCCGUGCAGAAGAAUCUCUUGACCAAGUAUUUUUGUUUUGCAUCUCUUGAAGCAAAACGGGAAUUCAAAGCACCACGGACGUCACCUGCUACUGCUAACCAAAGUACACUGAUUUCCUCUUCUGUCAAAUCCCUGGAACAUCAGACUUUAGAAGCUGCUGCUAGCGAAACAAUGAACUCUGGUGCAUCCUCAGUUGACUCCGAGAAUUUAGGCAGCGGCUCUUCUCCUGAUUGCUAUAUUGAAAACAGUUUUUCCUCCAAAACUUCAGACCUUAUAGAAUCACCAUAUCAUGUAUCUAUGGCAGGAGAGAAGAAGGGAAGUCCUGAUCAUACAAUAUUGAGACAGCCUAGGCAGCCAAUUCAUAAACCUUGUUUGGGGUUGCAUAAGGAGCACGAGCUCAUGAAUGUCCAAGACAAAGUUGAAAGAAAAACCAAGGAGGUAAAAAGAAAGGUAGUUGUAAGGAGUCCUUACUUUCAGCAGAAGCAAGUAGAAAAGAAUGCUUGUGAUGAGAAACAAGAGCAGCUGUCCUCUGGCAUCUUCGUCGAUGAGAGAAAAAAUGGCAUAUCUGGAGGUGAUUUAUGUAGCAGCCAUUUGAAGAACAAAGACUUGAAAAGGAAGGCCUCCCCGAAUGACAAUACUCAAAAUGAAAAUUUGCAGGCCAGGCAAAUGCAUCCUACUUCAUCUACUUAUGAUAAUGGUUGCUCUGAUCACAAUGUUGACGUGCCAUUCAAAGAGGAUUGUGCUGAAGAAGAAAAUUUUGGGACAAACAUUUCCCAUUUAGGCCAUUAUUCAGAAAUAGCCGAGAAGUCUUUGGAAAGAUUUGCCUCUGUAAUAUCAGCUUUUAAAUAUACACCCGGCUCUCGUGUCAGUGGUCUACGCGCUCCGCUGAAAGAUGUUCGCAACACUCGUAACAACAAUAGACCAACAGCUGCAGAGUUCAACAAAUAUGCAUACGUGCCAAAACUAUCAAAGACUAGAAGAGUAGCUCCUGAUAUUUGUAAAACUCGUAAUACUAGGCCAGCAGCUGCGGAUUUGAGCCAAUUUGCUUAUGUGCCAAAACAGAGACUUGAAGAAUAGCUUCUGGAAAUUGGUUCAAGUUGUUUACGAAGAACUUUCCAGGUUUGAUUCGGGUUUAUGUCACAUUCACUGGACACCAUUCUUCCAUAGCCAGGACCCGUAUUGAGUUAAUUCUUGGGAGGUUUAAAUUGCAUUCUUAAUUCGACCACUAAUUUACUUGGGAUUUGGGAAUUAGUUGCAUUGAUGUAUCCUUCAUAUUAUACCACACUCACAGGGAAUAGUUGGUUGAAUUGCAUUGUUCAACAGUGGAAGCUUUGGUUAGGCGUCUGUCUUCAGUACUUGUUGUAUAUCACAAACAAUUGUAUGUCACCAAGCUUGAUAUUUUUCAUUUAUUGAUACUAAUUGAAAAAUAGAAAUAAUAAUUUUGUCUCUGUUUCAUAAGCUUUCAA